GUAUGACAAAUAAAUGACAGUCGGACACGUCAGUCAGUAUUUCAGAAGAGAGAUAAAUUGCUGCGUUUUUGUGCUGAACUUUGAAUUUUGUGAAAAAGAAAAAGGAAAAAGAUUGAAAGUGUGUUACUGGACAUACAAGUGGAGGAAACAAGAAGAGGAACACAAGACACAUUUAAUAACGCGGUAGAGCACACAAAAAGUGCUAAUGGUUGUGAGUUGAUGAGCGUAAUGGACGUCUGGUGCCCAGGAUGCCAAUCAAUCGAAAACCCACGGCAGCCUCGCGCCUAAAGCAGGACUAUAUGCGCCUCAAGCGAGAUCCUGUGCCCUAUAUUUCGGCCGAACCGCUGCCGUCCAAUAUCCUCGAAUGGCACUUUGUUGUCAAGGGCCCCGAGGAUACUCCCUACCUUGGAGGCUACUACCACGGCAAGCUUCUAUUUCCCAGGGACUUCCCAUUCCGGCCACCCGCCAUCUACAUCUUGACCCCAAAUGGCCGAUUUAAGCCCAAUACACGCCUCUGCCUCUCCAUCUCGGACUUCCAUCCGGACAGCUGGAAUCCUGCCUGGAGCGUUGCCACAAUUCUUACGGGGCUCCUCAGUUUUAUGCUCGAGAGCACCCCAACGCUGGGCUCCAUUGACAGCACCAGCUACGAGAAGGAACGCUUUGCACGCAAUUCCCUGACCUUCAAUCUGCGCAAUGAAAUCUUCAAGGAACUCUUCCCAGAAGUCUGUGCAGAAAUUGAGGAAGUCAUUAGGGAGCGAGGUGAUGCCCCAGAGGAGACUCAAGCAGCUCCGGUUCAUCAUCAGCCACUUUGCGUGAAUCAGGGGACCCAAGGAGGCACCUGGGGCAGUUUGGGUACCAAUGUCAUUGUUAUCUUGGUGCUGGCCAUUUUUGCCCUAAUUGUCAACUACAUUCUAAAAAGUAUGGGGCAGGAUUAGACACAAGCGAUUCUACCAAAAAAAAAGUAACAGCAACAACAAAAACGGAUUCAACUUUAUCGUUUUAUCAAGUGAUGCAAAAAAAUAAUACUGUGGAAUAAUUUUUAGUUAUUAAGAAAUAAAAAAAGAAGUUCUACAA